GCGUGCGUACGCCUCCUCAGGCGCUUUCUUGUUAAUGGCGGGCGGCGGCUGCUGAGUGGGACGCAGAUAACGGCUGCCCGCACAGGGAACGUCUCCCUGCCUCCUUUUCCGCUCGCCGCUAGUGCCCGAGCUCGCCAGCAUGUCCGUGGUGCCGCCCAAUCGCUCGCAGACCGGCUGGCCCCGCGGGGUCAACCAGUUCGGCAACAAGUACAUCCAGCAGACCAAGCCCCUCACCCUGGAGCGCACUAUCAACCUGUACCCUCUUACCAAUUACACUUUUGGUACAAAAGAGCCCCUCUAUGAGAAGGACAGCUCCGUUGCAGCCAGAUUUCAGCGGAUGAGGGAGGAAUUUGAUAAAAUUGGCAUGAGGAGGACUGUAGAAGGGGUUUUGAUUGUCCAUGAGCACCGGCUACCCCAUGUGUUACUGCUACAGCUGGGAACAACUUUCUUUAAACUACCUGGUGGUGAGCUUAACCCAGGAGAAGAUGAAGUUGAAGGACUAAAACGCUUAAUGACAGAGAUAUUGGGUCGUCAAGAUGGAGUCCUGCAAGACUGGGUUAUUGAUGACUGCAUUGGUAACUGGUGGAGACCAAAUUUUGAACCUCCUCAGUAUCCAUAUAUUCCUGCACAUAUUACAAAACCUAAGGAACAUAAGAAGUUGUUUUUGGUUCAGCUUCAAGAGAAGGCCUUGUUUGCAGUCCCUAAAAAUUACAAGCUGGUAGCUGCACCACUGUUUGAACUGUAUGACAAUGCACCUGGAUAUGGACCCAUCAUUUCUAGUCUCCCCCAGCUUUUGAGCAGGUUCAAUUUUAUAUACAACUGAAUUCCUGCGCAGCAGAGAAGUAAGGGAAGCCGUCUCUGUGAGCACAGCUAUACACAGUGUAGAAUAAACAUGCUAGAAAAGUUUUUUUGGUUUUAUCUCUUCCCCAGUCCCUAAAUUACCACCUACUUUCUGUUGUUUGAAUAGUAAAGUUAAUAUGAAAAACUCGAUUGUGGUGUAAACAAAUGUGAUAAUGUUUAAUUUACUUUUGGUUCUACUCAUACUUUUUUUGUACAACAUUAAAGAAAGUGGACUUCUUUCUAUUUGUUUUUUGUUGUUGUUUUGUUUUUUAAUUUCACAUUAAACUUGUAAAAUUCUUACAGGCAAGGACUGCUUUUCCCCCACUAAGCAGGUGAAUGUUAAGAGACAAUGGCAGGUUUAGGUCAAUAAAGUUUGUGGGACCCUUGCUCCGAUACCAUUCUUGGGGGUAUACUCCAAGACCGUGUUAUAGAUCUUUGUGAUGAGGAUCUUCUGUUACUUUUGGGAGCUAGAUUUGCUCGAGUGAGUCCAAGGUGCAACUCCUGUACCAGUUUUACACUCUUAAUGAGUUGUAUUACAGCAGAACUCCCAGUGUAUUACUGACUAGUACAUUUUAUACCGGUAUCACCAGAUCUUACUUCACAAAUAACAGAUCCUAAUUAAACAGACGGGAAACUAUGAAAAUUGACUAGGCUGGGGAAAGUUUUGGGCAUUGGUAUAAAAAGAGAGAGAUCCAGCGCUCAUUAGAGCCCUCCCCCAUAAUGCACAAAUUCCAACAUUUGUGCUGUUGGAAUUUAUGUAUCUUAGUUAUUCUUACAACCGUGGUAAAAUGGUGAUCUGUGAACGUGAAAGAAGUUUUAAAAGUGGGUCUGUUACGUUUUGAACUCUUGGAUUGUAAAGUUAGUUAUUUCAGUUGACGUGAAGUUACAGUGAAAGAGAUGAAAAUUUGGUUUUAACAAGUGACACAAAGCCUUUUCAAAAAUAUUUUGGAAUGAUCUGAAUCAGAAUUAGAUUUUGUCAGCAUAAGAGAAAAAUACCAAAUUUAAAAAUCUUUUAAAAACACUGCUAAAUUAGGAUCAAAUUUGAGGGAAUUAAAAAAUAAAUCUUAAGGCAAAAGAGUUUGCUGGUCGUGUUAUUGCUUAAUGGUAUAUUGUGUAUGCCUUAUUACAAAUGAUUGACUGUAGGUUUAAUGUAGAGGAAAUCUUAUAAGAUGCCCCUACUUAAAGAAAAGAGAUUGACACAGUUAAUGUUUUUAAUAGAUAGAAAUGACCUUUUGGUUAGUUGUACGUCUUUAUGGUACUGACCACAGGGCUGUUCUGAAUAUUGGGUGAUGUUAAAGAUACAUCAUACAUUCUUCCCUAUUUAGACUUGAGAAAAUCAGACCAAGAGCAGUUGAGCAAUUAUAUUUAUAAACAUUCAAGUUUAUUUAGUUGAGGUCCUGUCAAAUCUUCACACAAUUACGUAUCUAAUAGUGACUAUAGCUGUGCCCAUGCUUAGUAGUAGGUGAGCACCGGUCUCCAGACCAAAAAUGACCAGGGAUCUCCUUUGAAAAAGCCCCUAGUUUUGUGGAUAGUCGUCCUCCUUCAAGUGUAACAGUCCUGCCCUUCUGGUUUACAUUCACUUGUUUCUAACUUAACUGUAAUUUUACUGGUGAGCUCACUGAUGAAUCCUACAAGAUUGGGGAAGGCAGAGGUGGAGCUGGCUCGAUCUAGCCCACCUUCCAUGAUUGUUGCUGGAAUCCAAGUGAAAAGCUGCAGUGAUGACUUGCAGGUGUGUUAGCUCCUGCCAUUUGGGGAGAGUGAGGAGAGGCAGACUUUUUCUUGGUGUGAUUUAUAAAGUGCUGUCAGUAAGGAGUGUUUGAGUUGAAGAGUCAUCUGAUUCGAGGCCACUCGUGUCCUUUUGUAACUUAAGCUUUGACCUAGAAAUUCUUUCUUGAGCAUUACUUCCCAGUUGUAUAAGUGCUUGAGUCAGUCAUCCAUACCCUGGGACUUAAGUGAGAAAAACAGUAAGUUGGCUGAGUUAGUAACUUUGGAAUAUAAUAGAUCUGGUUUUGAGUGUAAAAUUCAUAACACAAACACAAAUUUUUAAAACUUGUAUUUGAACUGGUUAGUUAUAGUUGUAUCCCAAUGCUCUCUUGUUAAGUUUCCUGAUGAAAAUAGUAGAACUAGGGAAGUUCAGAUUUGAUGUAUUCCAUUAGAAAGAGGGUACAAGGGUACUGUUUAACACUUUCGUUAGGUAAGUUCUUAUCACACUUCUUCAAGAACCAACAGUCUUAAAAUGUGCAUUCCAAUUCUCUACAUAAUAAAUACUGACUAGUUUUUAAAUGAACUCUUGAUUAACUUAUAUUUUUGAAUGCCUUCUAUGUUCCAGGUUUGUUUGUAAAUGAGAGCCCACUUUUGCAUUGUAUAAUUACAAUAUAUGCCGUGUUCUUUUCCCUGAGUAAUCUAAGUAGUGAAUAUUCUAUAUAAGACUACUGAAUGGCAUUGGAAAAUAUUCAGUAGGUUGAGGGAAAAACUGAAAGUUUUACGCAAAUGUUUUAAAUCAUAUUUAGGAUUGACAUCCCUUUGAAGAAAAGUGAAAUCUAUUUUUUUCUAUGUGAUGAAGACUUGUGAUUUUUUAAAAGUAGAUAAUACUUAAAAUAGCAUUAUGAUAAUUCUGUGUAUGAAUUUGUACUUUUAACAGUAGUUAAAGACUUUUUACUUUUUAUCAUUGUCUUCCUUUGUAAUUAGCAUUGUAUGGUUCAGUUAUUUUUUAUAUUUAAGGGUUCUGUUAAGUUAGCAUUUUAUUUGGAUAAAACAUACCCAAACUAGCCAGUCUGUUUUCUUACAUGGUUAAUUAGAAGUGAGAGGUAGAGGUCCUCCAAAUUCAGCAGGCCAGCAGGCAAUCAGUUUAAAAUUCCCUUUCUUAAAUGGUGCAACUCCUACACUCUCAGGUUUUUAAUGACUUCAUUUUUUGAGAUGAAAUUCUUGGAGUACCUUUUCCAUGUUGGAGUUCCUCAAACUUGAUGUUUUCACUAGUUCAUAGUGUUUGGAACAGUAUGUGCCCAUCACUAAGACUGCUUCAGAGAGUGCAAAAUUUUGUACGUCCCAUUGUCAUAGAAGGCUUAGUGGGUUUUGCUGUAAUACAAAUCAGCUUAUAUAAGCAUGAGGUUUGAUUUCCUAUAAUUAUUCCACAUGUUUUACAUUACUCAUUAUUUGGGUUAAACUGGACUCAUUUGAAGCAGUUUGCCUUUGCUAAAUACGUAAUGAGAAGCAUAAUACUGUAAUUUGACUUGAGCCAUAAAACACAUUUUAAUAUUAGCUUAUAUUUAUCUAGCUUGUUUUUGUGAAAAAACUGACUAAAACCUAAGUAAAUCUAGAUUAAGCCAGUUUAGAUGUAAUUUGUAUUUUAGUGAUGGAUUGUAUUGUAAGACUAGAGCUAAAUUGAGAAAAUGUAUUAUGUUCUGUUAAGGGAAAGAGCGGCGCAUUUAAAAAAAACUUUGGUUGCUGUGUUCACAUCAUAAUGUACAAGCAUCAUUUAUAGUUUGGCUUUGAGAAUUUCUCUGGCAUUAAGUUUAUAGAAAAAUGUAUAAAAGAAACUGAAGUUUUGGUUAUAUUUUUAUAUUUGUAAAGUAAAAGUUUGAUUAAAAUGGUCACUGUUCUUUUUUUAUUUUAUUGUCAUUUCAAUAAAAAAAAUUAGAAUGA